AGAUUCUUAACCCUCUGAUGUUCUGUCUUCUUGAUUGGGUCAUGGUGAUUCCUCUGAGUUCUUUACUGAGAGUACAAGAUGAUAAUCAAACGAGUCUGGCUCAAGUUUUUCAGGUAAAUAAAGUAUAGCGUGAACUUUUAAUAACUAGCAGAGAUUCAGAUUAUUCCAGUUUUUACCCAGUCAAACGUAACGCGGACAGUUCAGUCAUACAGAAUUUUUAUAUCAAACGAAAUCCUUAAUGUUAGGGACAACAAACCCUGCCUUUAAUAAGAGAAUACAAGUGGGAAUUGUCUUUAAACAUCCCCUUUUAAAAGUCUGAAAUACUCUUGACCUAAUUUCUAUAAUUCGGACAAGUUGAAAGAUUGGUGUCGCCACCUUAAGUGAAUCUAGGAGGCAAAUAGUUUGUUAUUUUGACUAAUCAAAUAUCAAUGGAUUAAAACGAUAGGAUAAUCAUUUUACCUAGUAUAAAAAUCUGAAACUUCAAAGCUAACGUUAAUGCGGGCAUUUGUUUUGGACAGCUAGCUGUAUUACACACGCAAACAUCUCGCAUCUUGUAGCAAGUCUGCCAACAAGUCGUCAACGAGUUGUGUUCGCACUGCUUGUCCCAAGUUUGGAACAAACUGUUAACAACUAAUUGUAACAACCUUGUUGAUAUUAUCAGACUUGUUGCAAGGUUGUUCCAACAAGUCACGGAUACAGUCAUAAUAUAGCAAUAUUGUUACAACCAUGUGUCGUCAAACUUGUAACAUUCUUGUUAUAUCAUGACUGUUACAACCUUGUAACAAGUCUGAUAAUGCCAUCAAGCUUGUUACAAGUUGUUAACAGCUUGUUACAACAACUGGGAACAAGCAGUGCGAACACAACUUGUCGACAGCUUGUGAACAGAUUCGUAACAACUUGUUCGCAGACUUGUAACAACUUGUGCGUUUUUAUGUGUGCGCAUAUCGCUGACUGCUUGGAUUACUAAUCACUUGGAUUACAUCUCAUUAACUGUUUAAAAUUUAACAUAGGCACUAAAAUAUGUUGUCUCGAAUAAAUCGACGAAAGCGGAUCGAGAGUUCAGCAUCAGUCGCAUGAUUUCCCGUGAGGAUCUGCAGAUACACCUGGGUCAAAUACAUCAAGAUAUUGUCGACUCAGCACCUUCUAGUCCUGCUGACUUUGGAGACAGCGGUAUGUGUACUCAGGCUGGUGUUGUACUUCGUGUUGGACGUAUUUUAACUCAAGUAUAAACAACGCUUAACUUCAAUUUAUCAAAAUAAAAUGCUGCAUGAUUGAGAGAGUUGGCUCUCAUACUAUCAUGUAUUCUGUUUAAGUUAAAGCAUAAUGGAUAAUUCUAGCUAUUGACUAAUUUUUUAUCUAGACAAAGAAGACGAAAUCUAUCCUUACUGACCUUACAGCUCAAAAGAGCAUCCUAAAAUUUGUAAAAUUGCAAAGUUUGGUUGCGAAAUGUUGUAAAAUACGAAAAAUAUAGCCCUGUGAAAUUUGCAAAUUUUGAGUAAUUUAGUAUUACGCGGGGAAAAAUGCACCACUUUCGGCUCAAAAUUGGCCUCAAAAUUUGCUAUUUUAGGCAAUUUACUAAUUUAAGGAUGUUCUUUAGAAGCUAUAAUGAUAGAUUUCGUCUUUCUUGUCUGGAUCAAAAUUUAGUCUCUGGCUGGAAUCAUCUGUUGGAACCACUGAGCUAUGGUUGGAACACUCAUCAAACCUUUAUUUGUUAAUCCAGGUGAUCUCGUGUUCGUAUUUUAGCCAAUCAGCGCUCAGAAAGGGUUGUCCGAAUAGAAAUCCAUUUUGAUGUUUCAGUCAAUUAUAACUUUCGUUAUUCUUUAUGAAACUAGUUGAAAUUUUGUAAUUAUGUUUGGUUAUGAGAACUACAGCUCUGACAAAAAUAUGGAAUCGAAAUAAAGUAUAUUAUAGGAGAUAUUCAGUUGUUUUAAUCAUAAAAUGGAUUUCUAUUUGACAACUAGUGCCAGUACUUUUCUGCGUAUCAAGAUCAUCUGGAUCUAGGGCUUGAAAUGUCCCCCGUAGCAAUUCCUGACUGCAUGCCUACUCUGAUCAACUAUCAUCGUCGUUUGAUCGGGGCUUUAGCCUUAAGCCUGGUUCACACUAGCAAUUUUGUCGGCGAUUUUGUGUUUCUGACGGAUGUAAAUGAGUGAACUCGCACACAAAAGUAUAGAGUCGCAUUUCAGAAGUAAACAAUUUUAAGUCUUUUACAUGUCAUUCAUUCGAUCACAUUUGCCAGGAGGAGAAAAAUCAAAUACAAAUAGUUGUAGUAUUUCAAGAGACUUAUGUUGAAAGUUGUCUGAUAUUGUAAUGAAAUUCCAUUGUGUUAUCGUUUUUAGGGCCCAAUGGUGGUACAGGACCUUUUCAAACGAUGGAUCGAGUCAGAAAAACUGCAAAAGCGGU